AUGGAGGCCGAUUGGGAUGAAUUGUCGCGCAUUCCCGUGCCUGCUCCGAGCUCGCACGGCUUGCCGACUAUCGCGACGACGAUAGCAUUCGACGAUGUCUCCGAAUUGCUGUGGGCCGGUAAUGAAUUUGGCCGAAUCACCUCAUUCUACGGUCCCGAGUUGCAGCGGUAUACGUCUGUUCGCGCCCACCCGGUAUCUGACGGUCCUGUCAGACAGAUUCUGUUUCAUGAGAGGGGUGUGAUUUCGCUGUCGCCGAAGAGCGUGCAUAUGAUUACGCGACGUGGGCUUUCGCAAUGGCACAUCGCUCACGAGGAAAUGACGGAUCUCCACUGCAUGAGUUUUACGGCGCAGCUGAACAGGAUUAUCGUUGCUGGAUGCCAGAGUGCGAUGUUUACGAUUGAUAUCGAUAAGGGGGUUAUAGUCGACAAGCUGCAAACUGAUCACAAUUACACUAUGAUGAAGAAGAGUCGAUAUCUCUGUGCCGCCACGGAUACUGGAUCGGUCAACGCGUUGAGUCUGUCGGAUUUCCAGGUGGUGAAAUCUUGGAAGGCACAUGGGACGGCAAUUAAUGAUAUGGAUGCUCGUAAUGAUUUGUUGGUCACCUGCGGCUUCUCGGUUAGGCAUCUGGGUUCUCCAAUCGUCGAUCCCUUGGCCAAUGUCUACGAUUUGAAGACACUCUCCCCAUUACCGCCUAUUCCUUUUCAUGCUGGGGCUGCCUAUGUGCGCAUGCACCCGAAGCUACAUACGACCAGCUUUGUGGCUUCCCAGACUGGACAGCUUCAAGUGGUCGACCUGAUGAAUCCGAAUGCCAUCAAUCUCCGCCAGGCGAACGUAUCAUUCAUGCUCGGAAUCGACAUCUCGCCUUCUGGAGAGGCUUUGGCUAUUAAUGAUGCUGAAUGUGCUAUUCACCUGUGGGGCUCGCCCUCGAAAGUCCAUUUCAAUGAAAUGAGCAAGGAAGUCGAGUUUGCGGAUGUUGUUCCCAGACCCCCUUCCCUUGACUGGUCCCCGGAUACGCCGUUAAAUAUGAUCGGGAUGCCGUACUAUCACGAACGGCUCUUUUCUGCGUGGCCCAGUCACCUAGUUUUCGAAGUUGGCAACCCCCCAGCUUCAAUCGACCAGAGCCUGAUUCCCUAUCUUCGACCUGCUGAGAUGGGUCAUUAUGCGCCAAAUCCGAAGAAGACACGACGGUAUCAGGUCGAAAAUACGCGUGCGUUGACCACUGCCGAAUCUGCUCUAAUCGCGCCGAAAUUUCUAAGUGAGAAGGCUAGAGAGCAAACGAGGGCUAAAUCAGAAGGGUCUGUUAGCGACACGGCGGAGGCUCUCGCAGGUGCGAAGCUCAAUGGGGAAGCUGAGGAUGACCCACUUCUCAAGUACAGCAACGUCGAAAUCAAGUACAGUCGAUUUGGUGUCGACGAUUUCGAUUUCAGAUUCUACAACCAGACCAUAUUUUCCGGGCUGGAGACACACAUCGCAAACUCCUUCACCAAUGCUCUCCUCCAACUCCUCAAAUUCAUUCCUCUCGUGCGGAACCUCGCUCUUCACCAUGCGGCGAGUACCUGUAUAUACGAGACCUGUCUUCUUUGUGAAAUGGGGUACCUUUUCGAUAUGCUUGAGAAAGCCAAUGGCCAAAAUUGCCAAGCUACAAAUCUGUUGAAAGCCUUCAGCAGCUACCGGGAGGCUUCGAACCUUGGCCUCCUCGAGGAGAAUUUGACCACAAAAUCACUUUCCUCCGCUAUUCAAUCUGUGAACAGAUUUUUCCUUAACCAAAUCGCUCACGAUUUCCGCAUGAUUCUUCCAAGCUCCGACGACCUAGAUCAUAGGCUUGCGACUAUUGCGUCUGAAUCUAUUCGAUGCAUGUUCUGUCAGAACGAGAUCGUCAGACCUGGAAAUUCCCUCGCCAAUGAGCUCAUUUAUCCCGCCAUUGAUAUCAAACAAGCUCGCAGAAAUCCAGCAUUCAAGUUCUCGAAUAUUCUGCGUGCUAGUAUUGAACGGGAAACGCAGAACAGAGGAUGGUGUAACUACUGCCGACGUUAUCAGCAAGUAACCAUCAGAAAGACAGUCCAUCGGAUGCCUCUGGUCCUAAUCCUCAACGCAGCUCUCAACAAUCCACUUUGCCGAAGGCUGUGGUCGAUUCCUGGCUGGUUGCCUGAGGAGAUUGGAAUAGUCGUUGAAGGGGGUCAGGUCAUGUGUUAUGAAGGAGAUGAACUCAAGGCUCAAGUGCAGAACAAAGUGCCCAACCUCGUCCUGUAUGAUUUGGUGGGUCUGGUUGCGGAGAUUGACAUUCCUGAACAUCAAAAAGCACAUCUUGUUUCUUUCAUCAACGUUUCUAUCUCUUCUCGCGAGACGGAGUCGAAGAGCCGAUGGCAUUUGUUCAAUGACUUCCUUGUCACGGAAGUCGACAAAGACGAAGCGCUUCGUUUCAACCAGCCAUGGAAGAUACCGUGUGUGCUGGCGUAUCAAGCCAGGGAUGCUCGACACGGCGUGGACGACGCCUGGAAGGAUACCCUGGAUACCACUCUCCUGUUCCGCGACUGGUCGUUGAACGGCGGCCGUCCGGUUGAAUCGCGGCAGACACUGACGGAAGAGGAGAAGCCGACACCGGGCACUCCUGUCGCUCUUGACACCGAAUUCGUUGAUCUCGAGAAGGCGGAGAUCGAUGUGAAGGCAGACGGGUCUCAGGAAAUCGUGCGACCCAAUAAAAGUGGCCUUGCUCGAGUCUCGGUUCUUCGGGGAUCAGGAAUCCAUGAAGGGGUUCCUUUCAUUGACGACUACAUCACCAUCAAAGAACCCAUCGUUGACUACGUCACGCAGUAUUCAGGGAUCAAGCCAGGAGACCUGGAUCCCAGGACGAGUCAACACAAUCUGGUUCCCCUCAAAGUGGCUUACAAGAAACUAUGGCUGCUUCUAAAUUUGGGAUGCAUCUUUGUUGGACAUGGUCUUGCUUCUGAUUUCCGCAAGAUCAACAUACAAGUCCCCAAGAAUCAAACGGUGGACACACAGUAUCUCUACUUCCAUCCUGGCAAGAAUCGGCGUCUCAGCCUCCGGUAUUUAGCGUGGGCUGUGUUCAAGGAAUAUAUCCAAGAAGAGUCAACGGACGCCAACCAGGGCCAUGACUCGGUCGAAGAUGCGCGCAUGGCCCUUCGCCUGUGGAAGAAGUUCCAGGAAUACGAGGACGCAGGUAUCGUGAACCAGAUUCUUGAGGAAAUAUUCCGCGAAGGCUCCAGGCUCGGAUUCAGACCUCCGCCUCGCAAUGGCGUUGCCACCGUUCUCUCCCGACCUGGCACAGCAGUGACAAUGCAGAAUAAUAGCGGUCGCAACACUCCAAGCACCCCUGAUGUUGGUGGCGCUGCUGCUGCCGCAGCCACGACGAGUGCACCAGCUACGCCUCGGCAAGCAUUCCGGCGCUCAAUCGCCCUGACUCCAAGUAAUGGCACCUUCGGUGGGCCGGGGACAGGGGAUUUCUUCGGUGGGAGUCCGUUGAAAUAA